GAGCAAAGGAAAUUAAAAAGCCGUUUAAAGAAGAAAAGCUUCUACUACAAGUUUCUCUCUAAUAUCUCGUAUUUGAAAACCCCAAAUUCUCAUUUUUGAAAAGUCUGUCGAAGAGUAACGGUGGUUUUGCGGCGGCGUUUCUUGGGUCACCGGCGAUGAUGAUCUAGGAAGGUUGUUCUCUGAGUUCGGCUAGGCUAAUCGAUUCUAAGGUCAGUUAUAAGCGGUCUCCCAAAUUCCAGAUUCAGUCGAGCCGAUUCCGAUGAAUCUGUUUCCGAUAUCAUCAACGAUCUCGAGACUGGGAAAUAGAAAUGGAUUAGGAUUCGUGACUUUCAAAGAUGAUAAAUCUUUGAGGGAUGUUAAUGAAUAGAUGGAUGGAAAAACGCUCGAUGGCCUUAGUAGCAUCACUGUGAAUGAAGAAGCGGCGGUAGAGGAGGCGGUGGUUGAUAUGAAAAGGCAUAUACCGGAGGCCGCUGUGAGGAGCGGUGGUAGUGACUGUAUGUUCUCUUCAAUCUCUUUCUUAUGCUGGUUCUUUUGA